UUUUAAGUCGCUAUAAAUGAGACCCUCCACUCUUAUCAUCUCUUCACAACCGCAUUGAAGUCUCUGGUUACUUGUUUCCCUUUUGAUUGAUUUCAUCAAUGGGAGCAAGCUUUGUAGGCAUUGAGAUCAAAGUGGUUGUGCCUUAUGGGAAGGCAAAGGAGGCUGUGGAGUUCUACAAAGAAGCCUUUGGCGCGGAGGAAGUGAAGUGCAAGACUCAUUCAAGUCUCGACAGCGAGAAUGAUCUCCUUGAUCCUAUUCUCUGUGCUCAGCUCAAGAUUGGCUCUUCUACCUUCCUUGUCUGUGACCAGCCUGAUGCUUCCUCCUCAGCAGUAAAAUUAGCGGAGAUGGAGAAUGGAAUUUUCUUCAGAAUGGAAACAGACGAUGUGGUAGGGGCCUUAGCAAGGGCUAUGAAAGCUGGAGCUAAGAAGGUGGGUGAGGUUAUAGAGGAAGCAUGUGUGUGCACUGGAGUGCAAGCUGGAACAGUGAUUGAUCCUUUCGGUGUUGCAUGGACCAUUACUUCCAUCUCCGGCGCUUCGUCCUCAAACAAAUGUUGCUGAUGUGAUAAUAUAUAAUCAUAUAAAACUAUUAAAUGUCCUUUGUGAUGGUUUUGUUCAAUUAUUGAUGCACUAGCUAGCGUCAUAUCACAGUUUAGGAUAAGCUUGUUGUGGUUGUCUACUUGUCUUUAGUGUUUUCUUUCUUGCUUUUAUAUAAAGAACUAGUUUGAAUGGUUUUCUUUUAUUUGUAUAAACCAAUUUGCAUCAUAAAAUGUCUCGUAAUUGUCUC